GUAGCGGCCGUGCGGGCGGUGGAGCGGAGCGUGGACGCCCACGCCUCGCGGUUGCUCAACCUGGAACGCCGGACGGUGACCACCGAGAAGAAGUACUUCGACUGCGAGAAAACGGUGGUGGAUUUCGGGAACCAGCUGGAGAGCAAGCUGGCCGUGCUGGGCACCCUCAUCCAGGAGUACGGGCAGCUCCAGCGGCGCCUGGAGAACAUGGAGAACCUGCUGAAGAACAGGAACUUCUGGAUCCUGCGGCUGCCCCCCGGGGGCGAGCUCCCCAAGGCCCCGGUGGCGUUCGAAAGCGCCGCCGCUUACUUUUCCGCGCAAGAGUGGGAGAAUCUGGAGGAAUGGCAGAGGGAGCUGUACAAAAACGUGCUGAGAGGGAAGAGCGAGUCUCUGAUCUCUCUGGAUUACGCAAUCUCCAAACCUGAGCUCCUGUCCCGGCUUCAGAGGGGAGAAACGCCCUGCGAUGAGGACAAGGCGACCUCCAGAGAGAUUCCAGCAGAACCAAGCGCAGCAGACUACGGCAUUCCAGAGCUGAGCUUUGUGGGCGUCGUGAAGCAAGAGGAGGAGCUGUGUGCGGAGGAGCCGGGAGCCACGGAGGAUGCAGAGUUUACCGAGCUCAGCGUGGAAGACAGCAUAAUCCAUAUUAAGCAAGAGGACGAGUUGUGCGCUGCAGAUCAGCAGGAGGGGGAGGCUGGAGAAGCUCCUGAAGAGCCCUGCCCGGGUGAUCAGGCCCAGAAAGGCAAGGAGGCGUACGCCAGGGAGCUGCCGGGCGCAGAGGGCGAGGAACUCCCGAGAGACCCGGACACAGGAUUUCAGACUUAUGCAACUGACGUUCUAUCAUGGAUUAAACAAGAGGAGGAGCCACGCUGCCCUGAACGACAAGACUUGGAGAAAGAAGAAGUCUCUACAAGUCCAAGCACGGUGCCCGAUGAAAACACAAAGAGGGGCCCUCCGGCAGAUCGCUUUGAAAGCACGGUGUGUGACUUGGAGGUACCGGGAAGACCUGGAGAGAAGUUUUCCAAGGAUCCCAGCCCCGGAGUGACGUGGGACAGUCAGUGGAAUUCAGAAACGAUGGAAACAAACACCACCAGGAGCAGCCUUGAGGGUGACAAUCGGUACGACCGAGGGUUUGGUGAGCACUUAGAUCUCUUUAGCACUCAGGAAAACAGUGUCGGAAAGGGACCGUGCGCGUACAACAAACGUGAGAGAAACUCCAGCCAGCAGGAACAUCUUCAGACUCCCCAGGGAGCCCGAGAAGGGGAGAUGUUUGCAGGCCCCACGUGUGAGAAGAGUCUCGGCGAAAGGGCGCUCCAUCUGCUGCACUCGCAGCCGUGCGCUCCGGGUGAGAAGGGCGUCAGGCAGGGGGCUGCUCCCGCCUGCUGCGAGGGGCUGCCCGCGGGGCCGCAGCCGGUGCCCUGCACCGAGCGCCGACAAAACCCCGCGGGCGGAACCGGGCUUCGUGACCGCAGCGGCCUCGGCGCGGAGGAGCUGCCGCCUGCGGAAAGCGAGGAGAGCUUCCCUGCGGAACAGCCGUUAGCCAGCCCCUGCUGGGAUCACCCGCAGGACAAGCCGGAGGCCUGCAGCAGGUGCCGGCGGCACUCGGCGCCCCGGGGCAGCCCAGCAAGCCAGCAGCAGAGCCAGGGCAGGGGCAAGUCCUACAUUUGCAGCGACUGUGGGAAAAGCUUCAUUUGCCAUUCGUGGCUCGUUAGACACCAGAUGACUCACACGGGAGAGAGGCCCUACAAGUGCUCCGAGUGCGACAAAAGCUACAGGAGAAAGGAUUACCUCCUGAACCACCAGCGCCGGCACUCGGGAGAGGGGCUCUUCCAGUGCCCCCUCUGCAGGAAGAGGUUUGUGCUCAGGAGGAGUUUCAUGAAGCAUCAGGAAAGUCACAUGCAAGAAACACACCUGACGUUGGCGGGUUGGCCCUGCACGGAGAUCAGGGGGUCUGUGCUGCACUCCGUGUAG